GUCACCAUUUCCUCCCUUCUUAUCCAGCAACUUAAACAUACCCAAAAUGGAAACAAUUUAUAUUCUCAGCCGAAAGGUAAAUGUUGAUGAUAAAGUGGGUCACAUUAAUGGCAGAGACUACGGCGGUGUGCAUUACUCGUUCAGUUUCAUGUGUCCCAGUAAUGACAUCCGCCUUCACGGAUUGACGUUCUUUGGACCACAGUAUGCAGUUCCUUUUUCGGGGGGAUCGGUUUCGUAUUUCGCACAAAUACGAAUGGAUAAGGAGGUACCACGAGCAAGAACGUGGUCUGAUUACCUCUGGGGCAUUUGGACGGGGACCGUGCCACACACCUCCAUUUUAGAUGGAUUUUACAUGUCCGAAUCUGUUUGGAAAGUUACCGUCAAGGAAGAAGAUGCAAAGAACCCCAUCACAAUUAUGCUGGGAAAGAGGGUGGAGCUGCCAGCAGGUGAAUGGAUUCACAUUCGGUUCCAGUUGGACGGGCCACCCACUGAACGACUUAAAAAAGAGGAUAAAAACCGAACUACAAUUUGGCACCCAGAGUCGAAAUUGAUGUUCCACACUCUGAUCGGAAGUGGCCAAUUAAAGGAUAUUCACUUCUCAGUCAUCUAAUUCUGAUCUUAAGAGAGAAAUAAAAUUACCGUCG